AUGCCCGACAUGCGAAAAAUCUUUCGGCGGCGAGAGAAGCAGCCGUCGACCGCGCUACCAACAUCUGCGCCUCUGGCGACCUCUGUGCCUCCUGUAUCCGUGCUUCCAACCACUGUGCCUACAACCUCGGAGUUUCCGAAUCGAAAGAAGAUACUCUCGUUGGGUAUCAAGGCCCUUCACUGCCCAGAGCCCUGUGAUGUUGACAUCGUGUUCAUACACGGGCUGUCUGGCGACAGAGAAAAAACAUGGACUGGCCCCAAUCAAACUGAACCCUGGCCCAAGACGAUCCUUCCGGACCGGCUUCCAACGGCCCGAAUCCUCGCUUUCGGAUACGAUGCCAAAUGGCUCAAGGACUCAUCAUCCAGGAAUAGAGUCCAGGAACAUGCAUCAAACUUACUGGCAUCCCUCGGGCAACAUCGAGACGAGGAUAACACGAGCAGUCGACCGAUUAUUUUUGUAUGCCAUAGUCUGGGAGGACUGGUUUGCAUGGAUGCCCUAGUACUCUCAGAACAGCAAGGGGGACAACACCAUCUUCCCAAGAUACACGAGCAAACAAUUGGCAUUGAAUUUCUAGGCACCCCCCAUCAUGGAUCGGACCUCGCUCCUUGGGCUAAGCUUCUUUCACGCUGCCUUCUUCCUAUGAAGCAGACCAACAGCGACAUCACCGGGGUACUGCGCCAUGAUUCCGAGGAGCUUGCUAGAAUCCAACAUAGUUUCCAUUUAAGGCUUCAACUACGCCCUCAGCUCGGAUUACCCGCAAUAUCCAUCACAUACUUCUUUGAGGAGCUACCCACGCCCCAUCUCGGAGUGAUCGUCCCCAGAGAGUCCGCCACAAGGCCUGGUUGCAACAAUAUUGGCAUACAUGCAAACCACUCUGACAUGACCAAAUUCGAGGAUGCUAAUGACGAUGGAUUUCUAAAAGUUAGUGGCGAGCUCCGCAGAUACAUUGAGGUUGCAAAGCAAGCCAGCUCCAAUGCCCGACUGCAUAUAGACAAGCAGGCUAGAAUACCUUUCACCGUACCUUAUUCAAGCAACGAAAACUUUAUUGGACGUAUAGAUAUCCUCCGGCAACUGGAAUCAUGGUUCGAUCUGAGCAACAUCAAUCGUACCUGGCAGCCAAGAAUAGCCCUGUACGGGCUCGGAGGUAUCGGAAAGACACAAAUUGCUAUCCAGUUCACGUACUGGCUGCGACGUCGCUACCCUGACGUGGCUGUGUAUUGGGUACAUGCAAGCAGUGCUGAUCGCUUCCGUCAGUCUUUCACUUCGAUCGCGCAAGAGUGUAGCAUUCCUGGCCUAGAUGAUCCUGAGAAUGAUGUGUUGGCACUAGUCAAGGCUUGGUUGGGGAGCAAAGACAACGGACGAUGGCUCCUGGUGAUAGACAAUGCUGAUGAUGAAGCCCUAUUUACAACACAUCAGCAAACUUCAGUAUCUUCUCCAAGAAGUAGUGGGAAUUUGGGGGGAUUUAUUCCCGAUUGCGCGAAUGGAAACAUACUAAUAACAACCAGGAACAAGAAAGCUGGUUCAAGGCUUACAAAAGGGAAGCAGCUGAUUGAAAUUGGCAAAAUGGACUUCUCAGAUUGUGUCAAACUGUUACAUCUUCAGCUUGACGACUCUGCGUCUACAGAACCCAUUGGCCGACUUUCCGCACAGCUCGAAUAUAUCCCUCUUGCUUUGGUCCAAGCGGCAGCCUUUAUGAAAGAAAACUCUGUAUCGAUUGAUCAUUACUUGGAACUUUUGAAGAAAAGGCCGGCCGACCUCCUGGGCGAAGAGUUUGAGGCUGUGGGACGAGAUGAAGAAAGUUUGCAUGCCGUUGCUGCAACUUGGAUGAUUUCCUAUCAACAAAUUCAACAGCGAAACCCCCUAGCCGGAGAGCUCUUGUCACUGAUGUCAUUCUUUGAUCGUCAAGAAAUUCCCCGUGUAUUUUUGCUCAACUACUAUGAGCGCCGAAACGACGGAAAAGACGGAGCCCUUGAAGUUACAAAAGCCAUCGGGCAUUUGCUAAGCUUCUGUUUAAUCAGAGAGGAAGCUAGUCAAAACAUCAACAUCCACCGACUUGUGCAAAUGACCACACGGAAGUGGCUCAGUAUUCAGCAUCAUGAAGAUGCUUAUGAAGGGGAGGCACUUUCAACGGUGUUGGAAAUGUUCCCAGAUGGAGGAAGUGUCGAAAAUUGGACGACCUGCACCGCGUACCUCGCACACGCUCAAGUGGUCAGAGGUUUAACGUCAUCGAUAGGGGAUAGAGAAAUGAAAAGGGCAGGUCUUCUCCAAAAACUUGGGGUAUUUUUUCGCGAAGAAGGGAGAUGGAAGGAGGCUGAAGAGGCACAUAAGGAAGCAGGGACAAUCUACAGAGAAGUAUGUGGCGAGGAAGACCAUACCACACUGCGAAGUAUGGGCAAUUUAGCCGCCACCUUCUGGGAUCAGGGGCGACUAAAUGAAGCUGAGAAGCUGCAAACUAAGGUCCUAGACCUUUGUCAGAGAGUUCUUGGCGAGGAACAUGAUGGCACGUUGAGCACCAUGGACAAUUUAGCCACCACCCUAGGGGAUCUAGGGCAACUAGAUGAAGCUGAGAAGCUGCAAAUUAAGGUCCUAGAGCUGCGUAAGAGGGUCUCUGGCGAGGAACACCCUUACACACUAAAAAGUACAGGCAAUUUAGCCACCACCUUCUGGAAUCAGGGGCGACUAGAGGAAGCCGCGCAGCUAGAGACCAAGGUCCUAGAGCUGCGUAAGAGGGUCCUUGGCGAGGAACACCCUGACACACUGCGAAGUAUGGACAAUUUAGCCGCCACCUUACAGGAUCUGGGGCAACUGGAUGAAGCCGAGAAGCUGGGAAUUAAGGUCCUAGAGCUAUAUAAGAGGGUCCUUGGCGAGGAACAUCCUGACACGCUGAGCAGUAUGAGUAGCCUCGCACAUAUGAGGAGAAAUCUUGGUCAACCAAAUGAGGCGCUCGAGAUGAUGAUGGAAUGCGUGGCGCUCCAGAAAAGAAUUAUUAACGCAGAUCAUCCUCAAACGCUUGCAUCUAUCAAAACCUUGAGAUCUUGGCGUUCUUCUCCGAUGGUUAGAACCAAUGCGCAACAAGAAGAGCAUGCUUAG